UUGACGACAUCAAGAUUCAGCUGAAACCUUACACGCCGGGAUGUUUUUUUCACAAGAUCCUAUGCUUUUAUACCCGCAGCCUCCGUACAUGCAAACCGGGCCGGCCAUUCCUCGGAGCCCUCCAAGCAGACCGUCGUUUUUGAUCGACGAUCUUCUCGUCAGGAGACAAUCGCCUUAUUUAGUACCGAAACCACCACAAGAACACCCACACGAACCUCAAGUCCCUUCUAGCAGCGGAACGUCGUACAACUUUGGUAUGCCAGCUUUAUUCUCAAGAAGUCGCAAAGAACAUUCUACAGUUUAUCAAGAUCCAAGCCCAGAGGUCCUUAAUUCGCUCCCAGUCUAUUUCCGUCUCAAGCCGACGAUGAGGACUCCGAGUGGACGAAGAUGCCGUAAAUCACGCACAGUAUUUACCGAUCUUCAGCUACGAAUCCUAGAGAAAACUUUCUCGGAACAGAAAUACCUGGAUACCUCGAGCCGCGCCAAACUUGCCCAAACGUUGGGUUUGAACGAGACACAAGUAAAAACGUGGUUUCAGAACAGGAGAAUGAAAUGGAAGAAGGAUACCAAACAAAACAAACAAACUGGAAGCAUGGACGGAGAGUGUGCGCAUUCUCAACGCAAGAAUGAGAACGAGAAAGGCGGAGAGGAGGUCAGAGAAGUUUCGAGUGAAAAAGCGUCGGUAAGGCGAGGGGAUGGUUCCUAGAUUUACCAAAACAGCAUGGUGUGAAAUAUCAUAUGUUACAGUUUGAAGAGAAAUAACGACAAACUUCAAAAGCUGUUUAUAAUGCCACAUCGCCCAAAUUACGCACUUUUAAUCAGAUGUACACAUAUAAUACUAUAAAACGCGCCUUAUGGAAAUUAUUGUUAUCCAUAUUGCAGACAUUACUAUAAUUAUUAUCUAUAAUUACAAUGUACUAUAUUGUAAAUCAUCAUCAGACUUAAAUUCUAAAGGUCAUAGUUGAAAGGAAUCGGUUUUCUGCCAGUAUCUGUAGGGUUAAUUUACUUAUACACUGUGCUAAAAUAGAUCCAGCUUCAGUGCAUCAAACUGGUGUGCGAUUUCAUCAAAAAUGACAAAACUAAGAAAUCUAUACGAAAUUUAGUGUUUAGGACAUUUGGUUAAUUAGUCAUUUACCUAACGUGGCGAUUACUUUUUGUAGGGGGGAAGGGUGAGGGGAACUUCCCCUUAAAAAGGAUGUAGGAUAUAAUUAUAGUGUCAUUUGUAUUGGUCUGGAAACAGGUAUAUACUUUGUCCAUAAUGGAAUUGACUAGUCUGAUAUUGAACUACGAGUGCUUGUCAUCGUAUUGGUUGUUACAGAUCUGGAAACUGGCGUGGAAAAUGGCAACCCCUGGUCUGAAAUAAGAUCAGAAAUAAGCCGAGCGGUACACCCUACUACGCAUUCCACGGGUAACAUUCUAAGGGACAAAUGAGAAAUUCUUACUUAAGUGUGUGAAUUCUGCAUGAAGAGCUUGGGUGCGGUGCAUUACAUUUUACAUUCAGUUUUAAGACAAACAAACACAAACAGAAACCACCUUAUAAGAUACCAAGAAUAAUCAGACGAUAACGAAACUUUAAAAUAGGU